CUGUUUGUCUGUCUGUCGUUUCUUCCGUCUUUCUUAUUUCCUAAGUAAACACAAUUAUGUUUAAGUGGGCGUUACACAGGACGCGUUCGUACAUGAUGCACCUCUUGGACUUUGCGGCGCGUCUGGCUAAGCGUUUUUUAAUUCUGCGCGUCAGUAAAAGCAACGUCAUAUUUGUUUCCACUUUAAACAUUUCGAUAGCAUGUUCAUACAGUUACUCUCCAUCAGUCUGUUGAACCGCUUGACGAGGCGUUAGUAUGUAAACACCUCACUGUCAUGUCCCCACUGGGACUCUUUCAGUUCCCUUUUAAUGUACGCGUAACUCUAAACCCGCCUCAGAAAACCACCAGCAGCUUCACUUCCACUUUACUCAACUAAACUCUCUCUGUCUGUCUCUGUCUUUGAGCGUCUGAAGAGCUCUGAAUUCCGCAUCAUCCAGCAUGUCUCUCCCUCAACAGCUGCGCGAUGAAAGCGAUUUCGACCAGUUGCCAGACAACAUCGCAGUCACUGCAACCAUUGCUGAUAUUGAGGAAAAGAAAGGUUUCAUUGAUUACUAUAGGUUCGUGAUUGAGGUGAAGACCAAAGGCAACAUUAAAUACCUGAUCUACAGAAGGUAUCGUCAGUUCUUUGCUCUGCACCAGAGUUUGGAGCUUAAGUACUCAGCUGAAGCCCAGCCAGGAUACUACACCUGCCAACUACCUACUCUGCCAGGUAAGGUGUUUAUGGGAAACAAAAAGGAGAUCGCAGAGAGCAGAAUCCCAGAGCUCAACAAUUACAUGAAGAGGCUACUUUGUCUGCCUACCUGGGUUCUCUUGGAUGAUCUGAUACGGAUGUUUUUCUACCAGACUGAGUCGGACAGCCAACAGGUCCCCCGGGCCCUGCGCCGCCUGCGGCCCCCCACACGCAAAGUAAAAACCGUACAGCCCAAAACGGACCUUCUCUCCGCACCCAGAGCAGAGGCGGUGUUUGACUUCAGCGGCAGCGGACGCCUGGAGCUCAGUAUGAAGGCUGGAGACGUGAUCUUCCUCUUGCGAAGAGUCAACGCAGACUGGCUGGAGGGCACAGUGAGGGACAAAACCGGAAUCUUUCCCGAGUCGUUUGUGAACAUUAUUAAACCUCUUCCUGAGAGUGACUCUGACGAAGAGGGCAGAGCUUCCAUGAGUGGGAAACGUGCUCAGAGUUCAUACAGCUGCCUGCGCUGCUAUCUGCUGCAGCCAGAGGGCAUCGACACAAGGGACAUUUGUGUUGAGGAAGAUCUUUCUAUUCAGCCGUCUUAUGAAGAGCUGCUGUCCCGAAUGAGGGACGUCUUUCAAGUGCAAGAUAUUGCUUUGAACUACCGGGACCCUGAGGGUGAUCUGAUACGGAUAUUAGACGAUGAAGACGUCGCUCUCAUGGUGCAAGAGAGCAAACAGACGGGGUCAAAUGUCAAACGACCCGUGAAUCAGUAUCCCUGGGAGCUGUUGGUCACGCAUGCCAAAGAUCUGACCGUUUACAACACCGAGUAUUAAAACGAGCACUUUUCUAUGACCUGAACAUGUUCCUCGUAAUUUUAAAAUAGUUGCACAUUGUUUGUUAGUUUAUGUGGUUUUCAAAUUGAAAACAAUUUUUUGGUUAAAGGAAUAGUUAAUCCAAAAAUGCCCGUUUUUUCAUUGUUUACUCACCCUUGAAUCGUUCAUGGCUUUUGAGGCCGAAUCAGUUGAUCCAGUUCACAAAAUCAGUAAAUGAUUCACUUUUCAGUUUACUGAUUCAUUGAUCUGGUCGCAACAGUUUACAGCUUACUGGAGGAGAAGAUUUAUCAGUGAAUAAUUUUGUCAUUUUUAUGUUUUUUUUUUUUUUUUUUAAUGUUUUAUAUAUAUAUAUAUAUAUAUAUAUAUUCAUGUUUUUUUAUUUAUUAGUUCAAGUUUAUUUAGUUGUGUAGUUAUUUCGAGUUAAUCUAAAAAAAAAAUAAGAAAUGUAGCCCUGACAACUGGCUGAAAUUAAAAAGUUCCUAAGUAUUUUUUUAUUUU